ACUCACUCAGUCACUCGUCCUUCUCCUUCCUCUUACCUGUGCCUCUCAUCUCGAGCUCCUCCCUCACUCCACACUCUUCUUCUUCAACCUUUGAACUGGAACGUUUUGCCACUGCUGCCGUUCUUCUUCGUCGUCGUUCUUCAACAUCCAACCACCGCCGCUGUCCGCGCAGCAAAAGCGUCGUCGCAACGCAUGUUCCGCCUCUGUUUUCCCGUGAUUCCACCGCUGUCUCGCGAGGUUCUACCGCUCUUCAAGCUCUUUCUGUUGCGCUCCAGCCCCCGUCUUCCUGUUCGAGCUGCUUAGCCCUCUCUUCCGACUCUUCCGUCGCGUGUUAAAGCUCCAGCUCCCUCUCCCUGUUCUGAUCGAAUUUCAGAACAUGCUCCAGCUUAAGAUUGUUGUGUUGUGUAGUUCGUGCUUUAGUAAUCAGCUCGGCAAUGACAGCUCCACCGGCGAUGACGACAGCUUGGCGGCAGCAACUUGACAGAGGCUUCAUUUAGUAAUCAGUAGUAUUAUUUGUAGUGUUCAGAUAAGGUUGUGGUUUAAUGGACCCUGCAAACGUAGUGUUCGACAAAACGAAUUCUUCCAUGGACUCUUCGAUCCUCGUCGCAAUCCGAGUUUGUGACAAAUCAAAACGGAAAAGAGCACUCCAAUGAUGUCCUUGAAAUGUCACUAUCUCUAGCAAAACCCAGUAACUAGAGCGGUUCGAUAACCGGUUCGAUUCUCAGAACCUUGAUUUUUUAUAUUUGUAUUUUUUCUGGGAGAGAGAGAGAUCAGGCGGCUCGCGGUAAGAUCUGAGAGAGAGAGAGAUCAAGCAGCUCACCGAGAGACGCUUGGGGCGAUGACUACUGUGGCAGAAGGGCGGUCCGUUGAUAGUGACGGCUCGGAGUGGAAUCCGCGAGUACGGUACCGCGGCGGCGGUGAUCUCGUCACAGUGAGAGCCGGCGGCUGAAGGGUUCGCCGGCAGUGAGCUCGAUGGCAGAGGGAGAUAGGGUUCGAAGGUUGUAGAGAGGCGAUGGUGGCGGUAUGAUAGCUGAAAGGGAGGAAGAAGGGGACUUACGGUGGUAGAAGAUGGUGGUUGCGGUUGAGGAGGGAGGAGACCCAAGCUGUGAGGGUGGUGAAAGAAAGUGGCGGUGGUUGAUGUGGUUUCGGUGGUUUCAUGCGGCGUGGGAGAACGGAGAGAGAUCGGCGGUUGGGAAGGAGGAAAAAGAGAACCACCGGUGGUCUUCCAUGAUAAGAUCUCUAUUUAUUUAUUUAUAUUUGGAAAGAAAAGCAUGGUCUGGUGGUUGUUCUUACUUUUGCAGAUGCAGAUGAUGUCGUUGAUGUCAAAAUGUAGAUCAAACUUGAAACUAUUCUGAAACUAAGGGAGUUUGAACAGAGUGAACAGUUGUCCAUAGCAUUCUUGAGUGGACUUGCUCAUAACCUGUUACCACAUGUGGAAAGGGCGAAGGCACUAGGAAAUGAACACUUGGUUGUGUGUGAAUGACAGCAUCAGCGUAAGCAUACCGAAACAUAAAUAUUCUCGCUCCCAUUCCUAUUCUUUUCCGCCAAUCCCACUCCCACUCCCUUUUUUUCUGCGCCUCAAAUCCGUUGCUUCUCUCCCCAAACAACAAGCCUUAAACGUCUCUUUGACUCGCCACUCAACUCACUCACUCCAAAUGGCCGAUUCUUCCAUCUCCGAUUCCGACUCCAGCCAUCCUCAUCCAGAGUAUGCAGAGAUUGUUGUGGUGCGUCAUGGUGAAACAGCAUGGAAUGCUGAUGGAAGAAUUCAGGGACAUCUAGAUGUUGAAUUAAACGAAGCUGGAAGACAGCAAGCAGCUGCAGUGGCUGAUAGACUAUCCAGGGAGCCUAAGAUCUCUUUUAUAUAUUCUUCCGACUUGCAACGAGCUUAUGAAACAGCACAGAUUAUUGCAUCCAGAUGUGGAGGGCUAGAGGUUAUCAAGGAUUCUGACCUACGGGAAAGACACCUAGGGGAUCUUCAAGGCCUUAUUUAUCGUGAAGCAGCAAAGACUCAUCCCAUAGCCCACAAAGCUUUUUCAUCUAGGAAUGAAGAUCAAGAAAUCCCAGGUGGUGGAGAAAGUAUUGCCCAGCUUUUCCAGCGCUGCACAUCUGCAUUGCAGAGAAUUGGAAGAAAGCAUAAAGGGGAGAGAGUAGUAGUUGUUACUCACGGAGGAUUCAUUCGAUCACUUUACAGGUGGGCGUGCCCAAAUGGGAGGCCUGCUGGGAAGAUACAUAACACAUCAGUGAAUGUUUUUCACAUGUACGGUGAGGACAAAUGGACCUUAAAAUUGUGGGGUGAUGUUAGCCAUCUUAGCCAAGAUGAGUUUCUGGCAUCAGGGUUUGGGGGUGACAGAACUUCAGGUUAGGCUGUAAUACCAAUCCUUGCUUGACCUUACCACUGAUUAUGGUUGCUUCUCUUCCAAAUGUAACAAUAAAGUGUUAGUUUUGAGCAAGAAGAGAAGGAAAGAAUUUUAGGCUUGUUAAUUUACACUUUUAUAGCUUAGUAGCAACUAGAGAUCACUCGGGUAGUUCAUCAAUCUCCAUUGAGUUAUUAUUAUUGUUAUUAUUGUAAGCUUAAUUUUUACAUUGUGUAAUUCCUUCAUAAAUUUGAUUGAUUGUGCACUUCCCAACUCCGUCGUAUUAUUUUGGAAUGAGACACUUUUGAGUUCUAAAUAGUAAACAGCGGAUUGUUUCGGUUUUACACUUAG